GAAUAUAAGGCCAAAUAGAAAUGUUAGCGUUUAAAAAUGAAUGAAGAGAAUAUCAAUUGUAUCAUCAUCUCUGUGUCCGGGUCUUCACUUGUAUACUAAUAAGAAAACCCCUCUUCGCGCUCCCGUAUUUCUGGUGGCGGCGGCUGCUGCUGCUGCUAGGGUUUCUGUAAAUCGGCCGCUAGCAACUCUCUUCGCUUCCUUCUCCUCUUCUUCACUGUCCCGCAUCGCAAUCAUGCCGGACGUUGAUCCACAGAAGGUGGAGUGGCCGGCGAAGAAAGUGAGAGACACUUUUAUUAGCUUCUUUGAAGACAAAAAUCACGUCCAUUGGAAAUCUAGUCCAGUUGUUCCUGUCAAUGAUCCUACUCUCCUCUUCGCUAAUGCUGGCAUGAAUCAGUUCAAGCCUAUAUUUUUGGGAACUGCUGACCCCAAUACCGCCUUGAGUAAGCUAAUUCGUGCAUGCAACACCCAGAAGUGUAUUCGUGCAGGCGGUAAGCAUAAUGAUCUUGAUGAUGUGGGGAAGGACACGUACCACCAUACCUUCUUUGAGAUGUUGGGAAAUUGGUCAUUUGGUGAUUAUUUUAAGAAAGAGGCGAUUGAGUGGGCCUGGGAGCUUCUAACUAAGGUGUAUAAAUUGCCAACUGAUAGGAUUUAUGCCACUUAUUUUGGUGGUGAUGAUAAAGCUGGUCUUGCUCCUGAUAAUGAAGCAAGAGAUAUAUGGCUUCAAUUUUUGCCACCCGAGCGCAUUCUGCCCUUUGGUUGUAAAGAUAAUUUCUGGGAGAUGGGUGAUACUGGUCCUUGUGGCCCUUGUACUGAAAUACAUUACGAUAGAGUUGGCAACCGUGAUGCAGCACAUUUGGUUAAUAAUGAUGAUCCUACAUGCAUUGAGAUUUGGAACCUAGUUUUUAUUCAGUUCAAUAGGGAAAGUGAUGGCUCCUUGAAAUCUCUGCCAGCUAAGCAUGUUGACACUGGAAUGGGUUUUGAGAGAUUGACUUCCGUGCUUCAGAACAAGAUGAGCAAUUAUGAUACUGAUGUGUUUUUGCCCAUCUUUGAUGCUAUCCAACAGGCGACAGGGGCACGGCCUUAUAGUGGAAAAGUUGGAGCUGAUGAUGUAGACAGGAUUGAUAUGGCAUAUAGGGUUGUUGCUGAUCACAUUAGAACACUCUCAUUUGCUAUUGCUGAUGGUUCUCGUCCAGGCAAUGAGGGUCGUGAGUAUGUUCUUAGGCGGAUUCUUCGGCGAGCUGUCCGGUACGGAAGUGAAGUCCUCAAAGCUCAAGAAGGAUUUUUUAAUGGGCUUGUAAAUGUUGUCGUGAAAGUGAUGGGUGAUGUCUUCCCAGAGCUAAAGCAAAAUGAAGAACACAUUAGGGAAAUAAUUGCAGAAGAAGAAGCAAGUUUUGGCAAGACUUUGCUCAAGGGAAUUGAGAAAUUUAAGAAGGCUGCUCAGGAGGUUCAAGGGAAGGUAUUGAGUGGGCAGGAUGCAUUUGUUUUGUGGGAUACAUAUGGCUUCCCAUUAGAUUUGACUCAGCUGAUGGCAGAAGAAAGAGGAUUACGAGUUGAUGUUGAGGGAUUCAAUGAUGCUAUGGAUGAGGCAAGGGAAAGGUCAAGGAAUGCUCAAAAUAAGCAAGCUGGUGGGGAUAUUGUCAUGGAUGCUGAUGCUACAUCUGCACUGCACAAGAAGGGUGUUCCUGUAACAGAUGAUUCCUAUAAAUUUACAUGGUUCCAGGAUCAUGAAAGUGUAAUAAAAGCUAUCUACACUGGUUCAGAGAUCCUGGAAACCUUUACCACUGGUGAUGAAGUUGGUAUAGUUUUGGAAUCUACCAGUUUCUAUGCUGAGCAAGGUGGUCAGAUUUUUGAUAUUGGAUUGCUUGAAGGCUCUUUUGGGUCAUUUCAAGUUUCUAAUGUCCAAAUUUUUGGAGGCUUUGUUGUUCAUAUUGGUUCUUUUACUGGAAAGACAGGCAAAAUUUCUGUUGGUGAUAAAGUUAUCUGUAAGGUUGACUAUGAUAGGCGUAAGCUCAUUGCUCCAAACCAUACUUGUACACACAUGUUGAACUUUGCUCUCAAGGAAGUACUUGGCAGUCAUGUUGAUCAGAAGGGAUCAAUUGUUCUUCCAGAAAAGCUGAGAUUUGAUUUUUCCCAUGGCAAGCCAGUGGAUCCUGACCUUUUGAGAAAGAUUGAGUCAAUUGUGAAUGAGCAAAUCAAAGCUGAAUUAGAAGUAUUUGCAAAGGAGGCGACUCUUUCUGAAGCCAAGCGUAUUAAUGGUUUACGGGCUGUAUUUGGAGAAGUCUAUCCUGAUCCAGUUAGAGUUGUGGCAAUUGGUCGAAAAGUUGAGGACCUCCUAGCUGAUCCAGAAAGUAAAGAGUGGUUGACAAUAUCAGCAGAACUCUGUGGAGGAACACAUAUUUCAAACACUCGGGAAGCAAAGGCGUUUGCUCUUUUAUCAGAGGAGGGAAUUGCUAAAGGAGUGCGAAGGAUAACUGCUGUGACAACUGAUGUUGCCUUCAAGGCAUUGGAAUUAGCAUCUUCACUUGAGCAGGAAGUUCAUGAGACAUCCAAGGCAGAAGGAAGCUUGCUAGAAAAGAAAGUAGCAUCUUUAAAAAGUCGAGUGGACUCUGCACCUAUUCCAGCUGCCAAGAAAGCUGAUAUUAGGGCUAAGAUUUCUGUACUUCAGAAUCAAGUAAGGAAAGCUCAAAAGAAGAUUGCGGAAGAAAAUAUGCAGAAGGCUGUAAAGGUUGCAACGGAGAUGGCUGAAAUAGCUGCUUCAGAAGGGAAGGGAUUCUGCAUUUCUCGUGUUGACGUUGGUCUAGAUGCAGCUGCAGUCCGUGAGGCAGUUCUGAAAGUGUUAGAGAAGAAGGGGAUUUCUGCUAUGGUUUUCAGUAUGGAUGAAACUACAAACAAGGUUGUAGUGUGCGCGGGAGUGCCAGAAAAGAAAGACCAGGGUAAAAAACUGGAGGUGUCUGAGUGGUUAACUAAAGCUUUGGAGCCUCUUAACGGAAGGUGUGGUAAGGGAAAGGGGGGUCUUGCCACUGGCCAGGGAACAGAUGGAGUGCAUGUAGACAAGGCCAUCGAUUUGGCAGCAACAUUUGCUGAAAUGAAAUUGAGAUGAUAAAUGGAUUUCUGGACUUGCUUCUAAAGCCUUGAUCUUAUACUACUGAUUAAUAGUCUGUUUCUUAUUUGUUCAAUACUCGAACAGUCAAAUAUUAUCACAGUUGCUGCUGCUAAUUGAAGGCAAUGAUAUAAGAGUUAUACCACCACGUUUUUCUUAAUUAUAUGGCCAGUUAUUGAAUUUAUAA